CGCCCCCUACUGCCGAGGAGGUUAACAGACGGUCACAGAAAACUGUAGUGGAAGAAAAAUGAAUCCCAUUUUUACUCCGUCACUUCACAGCCAACGACAUCAGUUUGUCGUCGAUUUUGUCAGAAAAAACAAACCUAAUAAGGUAGCUGACCUGGGCUGCGGUGAGUGUCGGCUCCUGAAACGGCUCAAGUUUCAGCGGAACAUUGAGCUGCUGGUCGGGGUGGACAUCGAUGGUGCCAAAAUCAAGAAAAAGAUGCAAGGAUUGGCUCCUCUGUCUACAGAUUACCUGCAGCCUACCUAUGACCAGCUCCACAUAGAUCUGUACCAAGGUUCAGUCACACAACGGGACGCUCGGCUCCGAGGGUUCGACUUGGUGACCAACAUAGAACUCAUAGAACAUCUCACUCUUCCUGAUUUGGAGCUCUUUUCUUCUGUGGUUUUUGGAUACAUGAGACCAGCGAGCGUCAUUGUCAGCACCCCGAACUCUGAAUUCAACAAACUUUUACCUGGACUGACUGGUUUCAGACACAGCGAUCACAAGUUUGAGUGGAACCGAUCAGAGUUCAGAUCCUGGGCUCUUCAGGUGUGUUUGGAUUAUGGCUACGAGGCUGAAUUCACCGGAGUUGGAGAAGCGCCUCAGGAGCAGCAGGAAAGUGUCGGCUUCUGCUCCCAGAUUGCUGUGUUUCAAUGUUUCAACGUUUUACCCGACAGAGAUGAGGAGGAAGUGUUUUCCUACACUUUGGUGUACUCUGUAAAUUACCCCACUUUGCGUGACAACAACACUUUGCUCAGAGUCCUGGUGAGCGAGGUUCUGUACUGGGCAGAACAAAUGAAGAACAGGUGGAUGGAGGAAACGACUGGAGGGACGAAUGGUGUUUUACCUCACAGUCAGACUGAACAACAGGAACAAUCAGCCUGUACAGAAAGGUUGAAUUGUCCAGGUGAAGGGGAGGAGAGUACCGAGUCGCUUUGGACAAAAGACCAAGAAGAGUCCGGGACCUUAAACAGGUUUGCCGUUGUUCCUCUGGCGGCGCUCUGGUCCUUCUGUCCGAAAAUCGCUGAACUGAGUGGAAAUCUUUCAAAUCUGAGACGACUCCUGGUGGAUCAGCCUCAAGUGAAACUGUCCCAGGAUGGAUCCGCUCUGCUUGUAAAAUGUGAAGAACAAGAACCAGAGCAGACUGACAGUGAUGAAGAGGAGGAUGAAGAAGAUGCGUCAGCUGUCCAGUGCUCCCAUCAAAUUGAACCAGAGGAAGACUGGGAAGCGAAUAUUUGACUUGGAGAAAUCAGUUUUGUUGUCAGGAACAGUUGAGAAUGUAAAUUAAUCUACCCUAAGGUGAAUGUUUGAAAAAACAAAAAAAAAGAGAAAAGUUUUUUAGUUUUUUUUAGUCUGAAGGCUCGUAAAGUGAAAAUAAACCCGAACAACGAAUCGUAAUUAUUCAUGGAAAAACUGAGGCAGCAUGGAGGCAUUUUGAACUGUUUUAUUCAACAGUGCUGGGGAGACAUUUUGCCGUUCAGUCAUUAGGGAAGCAGUUUGUCCAGAAAAACAGAUCCGUAACAGAGAACACUCAACGCGUCAGAACGGCACUUUACAAUAGAUUAGUUUACAGUUUUAAUUAGACAACAGCUUCACAGAAGAGAAAAGCACCAUGUUUGGAACAUGUUAGGUACCGAGAUGAACACACCUGCGUCACACAGGUAAACGCGUUUUGUUCCGAACAAAAAGACAAAAAAAUCACCUUCAGACGAUAAGACAUCUGGCAGCCAGAGUUCAAACAUUUACUCAAACAAUUGCUCAUUAAAAAGACACUUUAUUUUCAGACAACAUUUAUUAAAAAUGUCACAUUGGCAACAUAGAAAACAAAAACAAUAGUAUCUCUUUUUUUCAGAAAUCUUCAAAUCAAAAACAACUAAAAAUGAUGAAUUACUUCAUACAACAUUUUAUGAGAACAAAAUUACAUUUUGGAUGAUGAACAAGUGAACAAUUAUUCCUUCGAAGUGAAAAUGGAUGGCACAAUAAGAAAUGAGGAGGAUAAAAUGCGCCUGGCUUUGACGGAAACUUCCACAAAGCUGAGAAGAUUAUAACCAUGCAUGUCACAAAAUGGCCUAUUUAAAACACCAAAGGUUUGUGCAGAGAUGGCUGUAAUGAGUUUAACAUUUAUUCUACGAUUUGCAGUCACUUCUGAUGAAAAACAAAGCUUAAAGUUUCUGCAGAGCCCGUUUUCUAGACGGCUGAGCUGUUGAUACGCCGUCAUGAACUUUGAACCCUAACAGGAUAUGAACAGUCUUCAUACAAUAAGAGGAAUUCAACACAGAUUCAUUCAUUAGUGCAGUUUUCUACCAUAGGUUUUCCUUCCACUCAACUUUCCCUGCGUAUUCUUGGAUACAGCCAGGUUGAUUUAAUAAUUACAUUUUUAUGGCUAACCCUGCUUGCUGAGGGUCUCAGUUCCUGGCUGCUGGAAAACGGUCAUGUCGGCUUUUUUCACAAUGAUUGUGAGAACGAUUUAUUUAAAUAUCAACAUGUGUGAGAAGUACGGAAGACAAAUGGGGCCACUAGAAAAAAAACAAACCAAAUUAGACUUUUCCCCCAAAAUUUAGACUCUUCCCCCUAAAAGUUCUGAAUUUAACCUCAAAAUUCAGACUUCAAUUUCAGAAUUGACUCUUUUUCUAAGAAUUCUGACUUAGAUCUCAGAAUUUUGAUUUGAAUCUUAGAAUUUUGACUUUUUCUCUAAAAAGUCUAAAAAGUCAAAAUUCUGAGUUUAAAGUCAGAAUUUUAUUUUAUUUUUUUCACUGGCCUUGAUUCUCUUCCACAUUAGUGAAUCUUAAAUGAGAUUACUUAAAUGUAAAUUGCUGCUGUUUGCUCAUAAAUGCAUCUGACCGUU